AUGGCUCCACCUGCAACAUGCCGAUUAAUCACAUAUUGCCAUCCCGGAUACGUCGACUCCUCCUCCUCCGCGCAAGCCCACGGCGAUACCACCUGCCCCAUCUGUCUCAACCACUUUGAAUCACAAGAGUCAGUUUUCCGAUUGUACGGUUGCCACCACGUCUUCCAUGAGAAAUGCAUCAUCGAGUGGCUCUCAAUACAGAACACCUGCCCAUUGUGCCGCCGUGUCAUGCCACGAUGUCUUCAGAGGAUCAACCUUCCACUUCCUCAUGACUUUCGUCUUCCUCCUCAGCCUCCACUCACCAUGAAACUCCAGGUUCCGGAACAACAUGAGGCAGAUGAUGGGACGAACCUCCACCUGAACUUUUAUGUUCGACCAGAAUCGCUGAAGCAUGAGAAGCAUCUAUCACAAACUGAGAUCGAGUAUCUUGAUAAGAUCUUUUCGACUGUGGUCUGGCCAAAUGAUGAGAUGCAUCAUGACCUGCUGGCUCGUGCUUGUGGUCUGUUUUCCAUUGUUCGUGGUGUGUCCAUCUUUUAG